AGUCGUCAUCAUUGUAGAUAAAUUGAAAAAAGAACUGGAUUUUCCUCCACAUACAAACAAAAAUAAUAAGUAAAGUUUAAAAUUAAUAGACGGCUCAGCAAAAAGAAAAGUAAUAUAUUGCGUAAAAAACGAAAAUAUCUUAAGAAAUCAUGUCUAAAUUAUUGGGUGUGCCACUGAAAAAGCCCUCCGAAGUUGAUGUGGAAAAACCCCUAAACAAUCUUAUACAAAGUACAUAUAGUGGAGCUACCGCUGAGGCAAAGGAAACCUAUAAGACAGCUGUGCAACAAUUUGCUCGUCAACGAAAUUCAUCGAUAUGGAAAUUUUUCGAAAAAUACGAAUCUUCAUUGGAAAUAGUAUAUGCCUACUAUGAUCAGAUUUGUAUGCUGGAAACAAAAAUACCAGUUAAUGAACUACAAAUACCCUUCAAAUGGAAGGAUGCUUUUGAUAAGGGUUCAAUAUUUGGUGGCAGAAUAAGUUUGACCCAUACUUCGUUGUUAUAUGAGAAAGUUUGUGUACUUUUCAAUAUUGCUGCUUUGCAAAGUCAUGUUGCUGCUACCCAAUCUAUGGAUAGCGAUGAGGGACUUAAAUUGGCCCUAAAGCUUUUGCAACAAAGUGCAGGCAUUUUCCAGUAUUUAAAGGGUGCAGUGCCAGCAGCUGUACCAUCAGAGCCAACACCCGAUCUAAAUCAGGAUACAUUAACAUGUUUGCAGGCUUUAAUGAUUUCUCAGGCCCAGGAAGUGUUCAUAAUGAAGGCAAUUAAGGACAAUAUGAAAGAAAAUAUCAUUGCAAAACUAUGCUGUCAAUGUGAAGAAUUCUAUGCUGAUGUUUUGAGAGCCAUGCAAAAGGAAUCUGUACGUUCGUUGUGGGAAAAAGAAUGGAUUCCCACCAUAGCAGGCAAACAAGCUGGUUUUCAUGCCUUGACACAACUCUAUCAGAGUUUAGCUUGUCGUGCAGCUAAGAAGAUUGGCGAGGAAAUUGCACGCCUACGAAAUGCUGUAGAUCUGUUCAAAGCAGCUCAAACUAGAUCCGGAAAUCCUUCAUAUUUGGAGGAAUACUUCAAUAAGGCUAAACGUAAUUUGGCCGAAUCAACAAAGGACAAUGAUUUAAUUUAUAAUGAAAUGAUACCAGAUAUUAAUACUGUAGCUUCACCGGGCAAGGCCCAGCUAGCAAAGCCACUACCUUUAGCCACACCAAUGGCUAAAGAUUUCGAUGAUAUAUUCAAGGAAUUGGUACCAGUCGAAUUGCAUCGUGCCUUGCAGGCUUCCGACAUGCGCAAGAAUGAAAUCAUCAAUACGGAAAUAAUGAAAUUACGAGAAGCUACACAAACUUUAAAUGGUGUAUUGGCUAGCCUUAAUUUGCCAGCUGCAGUUGAGACCACCGAUGGCGGUUCUGGUCUGCCUCCUUCAUUAAUCGAAAAAGCCAAUGAAGUUCGCCAGAAAGGUGGCGUUGAAAGUAUUCAGACCCAUUUAAAGGAAUUGCCCGAGUUGUUGAAUCGUAAUCGUGAAAUUUUGGAUGAAACUGAAAGAUUGUUAGAUGAAGAACGUGAUUCCGACAAUCAAUUACGUUCACAAUUCAAAGAGAAAUGGACACGUAUCUCGUCUGAUAAACUCACCGAAAUGUUUCGUACCAAUGCCAAGAAAUAUCGCGAAGUUAUUAAUAAUGCUGUAGCUGCUGAUAAGAUUGUACGUGAGAAAUUCGAGAAGAAUCAAAAAGGUAUUGAACUUUUAUCCAUGCCUAUCGAACAAUUACAACAAUCCAUGCCAGCUGCCGGUGGAAGCGUAGACCCCAACUGCGCCAGUGUACAAAAAUUAAAACAUUUAAUGGAAGCUGUUGAAACCAUUAAGGCCGAACGUGAUGCCAUUGAAUCUGAAUUGAAAUCAGCUACGUUCAAUAUGAAAGAUGAAUUCUUGGAAGCUUUACGUAAAGAUGGUGCUAUUGAUGAACCGGCUCUAUCGCUUAAGCGUAUCGGUGAAACCCUAAAUCCAUUACAGGGACAAGUUAAAGAAAGUGUUGAGCGUCAACAGUCUUUGGUCACUGACAUACAGGUAGCUCAUAGUGAAUUUGUUGCAGAAACUGGCUCAAGUGGCAAUUCUCGCGAUACUUUGUGCCAAGAAUUGGCCACUGCUUACGAUAGUUUCAUCGAGUUAUUGGGAAAUCUCAAAGAGGGCACCAAAUUCUAUAAUGAUUUGACCGAAUUACUGGUUGUGUUCCAAAAUAAAAUAUCUGAUUUCUGUUUUGCACGCAAAACCGAAAAAGAGGAAUUACUCAAAGAUUUGACAACCGAAUCUAGUCGCCAGGCACCAGGACCUACACCAUCGUUGCCAUCACAUUAUUCCUCAACAUCGGGUAGUGGAAGUGAUACUCUUUCGGCAGCAACAUCAGCUCCAGCUGUACCAACUGCUGCCGCCACCGGUAACAUACCCUAUCCACAAGCUGUUCAAGGUAUGCCUAUGCCAUAUGGUGCUGGACCCAAUGUUCCAUAUCCAUCAUAUGUACCACCACCAAUGCCACAAAGUUUCAAUCCUUAUGCUACAUUACCAUAUCCAGGAAAUGCCUAUCAGUAUGCUGGUUUUCCACAAGGACCUCCACCUGGACAUUAUGGCACUUAUCCUGGCAGCUUUGCUAAUCAACAGGGAGGUUAUCCAAAUCAAAAACCACCAGGCUGGUAGACAAACGAA